AUGGUAACAUACAGACAGCUCUGGCCUAUAGCAGGUACAUCUAUUUUCCUCAACUUUGUACUAAUGAUCUGCCUCAUGGCAGUAACUCUGAAGUACUGGAAGCGAGGAAUCAAAGAGUUCUACUUUGGAGCUAUUUAUUGUACUGUUCCUCAUGCUAGCAUAUAUCACGAGAGUUGUAGAGCUCUUCUAUAUUUAUAUUCAUCAAAGAAAUGUCAUUUUUAAUGAACUCAAAGAUGAAGAUAACAACUAUUUUCGACAAUACAUUGUGCGGCUCCCAAUCUUCCUGCACGGGAUAUCUAUGCUUAGUUAUCUGUUCAGGUGGAUAAGCUUCUGAAUCUUAGCAAAAAGAAGAUAUGAUGAUGAGAGUGUCACUCCAGAUAUAAGAGCAGAAAUGGUCCAAAGAAAUCUUAAGAAAUUGAAGGUGUUUUACUGAGUACUCAUUUUCGUACUAGCUGCAUUUUUCAUUAUAAUUCCACUGAUCCAUAAUGGGUACAUAAAGUUUGUUCUGAUAGAAACAAUAGUCAUCGACUCAUUCACUGGAAUAAUGCUUCUUGUAGUAUGAAACUAUUUCCUUCAUCUUCUCAAGGAGCAAUUGCAAAUUCUCUAUGAAGAGAAAGCAAUGACAAUCAAGAUAUUAAUCUGGGUCAUCUCAACAUCAAUAUUUUUCAGAAGUGCCAGCUUACUAUUAGAUGCUAUUCGUCAAUUUUCUUCAGAAAAAGAUUCUAAUUCUACAUUUAACAAAAUCAAUGGAGUCGGGCUCUUGGCUUGCUACUAUGUUGAAACUUUCCCUUCCAUUGGAGUGCUGAUUGUUCUCACUCUCUCUUACAAACAAACCAAAUCAAUGAUGCCUCAAGGACACAACAGAGGAUCAAACCUUGACCACAUAGACACUCCCUUGCUCAUCGAAUCUGAUAAGCCCUCCAAACAUUACCUGCAUGACUCUGAACACAAAAUGCAGUCAUCCAAUCACCAACUACUAAACAGCCAGACUUCAUCAGAGAACCCUAACUCUCCUGAUUCAAAGAUCCAAGAUCCUUCUAGUAAAAACCUGACUUCAAUGCCAUCAGACUUCUACAUAAAAUAA